GGUGAGUUGUCAAAUGCAAAUAGGCACAUGCCAUCUCUCUUAUUUUCCAUCUUCUUGAAUGGCCAACACCAUCAACCGAAAUCCAGGAACCAAAUUGGUCAAAGCAACCCCCUUUUAAUCCACCCAUCAAACCCUUUUCUAAAAUUUUCAACAGAAACCGACAAUUUUAAUUUUUAACUCUUUUUUCACAAAACAUUUGGUGGGGUUUCCUCUAUUUUCACAAUUUCAAGAAAAUCCCCCUGUAAAAAAGUCUCUAAAACAUCCAUUCCUCCGUCCUCAAUCCCACCAAACCCCCCUUUUUUUAUAAUCUGUUUGGUACACUCUUGAUUCUUGAAAAAGUUGUUAAUUUUUGCAGAAGUUAAUACAAUAAAGAAUUAAUCUUGAUUGUCUCGAGUGUUGUUGUUUUUAAUCCUGGGUUAGUAUAAAGAUUGGUAAUAUACGAGAAUAUGUUCUUUUCAUUUUAAUAGUAUAUAAUUAAAUUUAGUUUUAUUCUUGAAAACAAAAGAUAACAGUUGUAUGUAACUGUAAUAGUAACAUGAUCCUGUCGACCUUUAAGAAUCAGCUCUGCAAAUUACAGAGCAUAAUUUUAUGCUCUUAUAAUAAAAAAACCGAAACCCUUUUUGGAGUGUUUCAAGGAACUCCAUCUCCUUCUCUUCAUUGCUUGUCGCUCACUGUUUGUGGGUGUCCUUUGAUCUAAACCCUUUUUCUCUCUCUUCUUUUAUUGUUGCUUCAAGUUUUUACAUGUUCAGUCUAUUAUUAUAAUAAGUAACAAGAGUUAUUAUUAUUUUUAUUAUUUGGGUUUGAUUCUUUUUGGAUCAAUUUGGGUUUGGUGUUUUGGGGAUUACUAAUUCUUCGUAUUCAUGGGAUGGGUUCGAUGGUGAAGUACUUCUUCUUGGUGUUUCAAGUUUGUGCCAUUGCUAGUACUCUGCUUCUUGAAGGAUCUUCAGGGCAAACAAUAUCACCAUCGGCUAGUUUUUCUGGUGUUCCUCCCAUUAAUGAAGGCCAAAUAAUUAGCAAUUCACCUGGUCCAACAUCUCAACCAAAUGAUCCUCCCCAUUUUGAAUCUCCAAAUCAACCACCACCAAAUGCCGGAGUUGCAGGGCCAAUCACAUCAAUCACAGAAAGCUCACCACCAAGCCUCCCAGCUGUCCCGCCAACCGCUCCGGUAUCCGUGCCACCAAUUCCUCAACUGGAAAAGGGACCGGAUUCUAAAUCUCCUGUCAGUCCACCAACCAUGUCAGUACAAAUAGCACCACCACCAAAAGACAUGCUUCAAAAUCCGCCACCCGUGGCUCAAGUGCCAACAUCUAUGCCACAAGUGCCACUAUCCGUCCCCCAACCACCACCAAUCAUUUUGCCUGUGCCCGUUGCAUCGCCUCCAAACAAGUUGCCAGUGGCAUCACCACCAACAAAUCCUACAUUGCCCAUACCACCACCUAACUUGCCACUUCCAGUUGAGUUACCACCAAGCACCUUACCGAGUUCACCGCCUGCAUUGCCUCCAUCUCCUCCUAUCUUGCCAGUUCCUGUUGAUUUACCCCCAAGCACAUUACCAAGUUCACCUCCUACAUUGCCUCUACCUCCUCCCAACUUACCAGCCCCUUCUGCAUCACCUCCAAGCACAUUGCCAAUAAAUUCACCUCCAAGUCCGCCUAUAUCCACCAUACCUCCGCCAAAUUCGCCAGCCCCUAUGACUUCACCCCCAAGCACAUUGCCAAGAUAUUCACCUCCAACUCCGCCUAUAUCCGCCAUAUCUCCGCCAGUGCCUAUUGCAUCAUCACCACCACCAUCUCCUGUUGCAUCACCACCACCAUCAUCUUCUGUUCCAUCACCACCACCACCAUCUUCUGUUGCAUCACCACCACCAUCAUCUUCUGUUGCAUCACCACCACCACCAUCUCCUGUUGCAUCAUCACCACCAUCAUCUUCUGUUGCAUCACCACCACCACCAUCUCUUGUUGCAUCACCACCACUAUCUAAUUUACCAGGGCCUGUUGCAUUGCCUCCAAGAAACUCGCCAGGAAAUUUGCAGCCAAUCCACCAUAACUCAUCCAUUCCUCCUCCAAAUUUACCAGUUUCUCCCAUAUCAACUCCUAUUCCAAGAGACAGUUUUCCAGUUUCUUCACCACCAAAUCGAACAACCAACAUCACUCCACCUCCACGUUCUCCAGUUAAAGCUCCAGUUGUGCAUCAUGCUCCUCCUCCACAUUCAGGUUACAAGUCUCCACCUUCAGAAUCUCAUCCACCACCAUCUUUGCCACCAUUGUAUCCACCACCACCUGGACCAGCAAGUAGGCCAAUGCACCACCGCCCACCACCACCGCCACCAGGUCCUGCGAGUAAGCCAAGCCACCAUACCCCUCCACCACCAAGUCUAGAUUCGGCUGUGCCUCCAAUUGAAAACUCUAUUUCACCUUCGAUCUCUCCAUCUACAACACCUCCACAUGUACAAUCUACAAUGCCGAUUCUCUCUCCUAAAGUUUCCCCUUCUCGUUCUCCACCAAUGAUUCCAAAGCCAUUUCAAGCAUUACCACCUCCACCUCCCAAUGAAGAUUGCUCAUCAAUAAUAUGUGUGGAUCCAUUGACAAACACCCCUCCUGGAACACCAUGCAAAUGUGUAUUACCAAUGCAAGUGGAGCUCCGCCUUAGCAUCUCAUUAUACACCUUCUUCCCAUUGGUAUCUGAGCUGGCAUUUGAAAUGGCUUCUGGACUCUUUCUAAAAUCAAGUCAAGUUCGAAUCAUGGGAGCAAAUGAAGACAAUCAAGAUCAAGAAAAAACAAUUGCUAUAAUCAACUUAGUACCCCUUGGUGAAAUUUUUGAAAACUAUACAGCAUAUGUUGUGGCUCAAAGAUUAUGGAUGAAACAAGUCCCGAUUAAGUCCUCACUUUUUGGCGAUUAUGAAGUUCUUUUCGUGAAAUAUCCAGGGCUUCCUCCAUCACCACCUUUGCCAUCUUCAAGCUAUAAUGGUGAACCAUAUGGUCAUGGAAACAAUGGAAGGGAUGUGAAACCAUUGGGUGUUGAUGUGAGUAAACAGAGGCAUAGCAAUAAGCUGAAUAGUGGUUUGAUUGCUAUAAUAGCUUUCUCAGUGGUUGUAGCUGUGGUUCUAGUUGGUGUUGUGGUUUGGGUUUUGUUGUUUAAAGAUAGGACCAGGGCUCAAUCAGGGUCAAACCCACCGGCUACUUUGCCUUCUGUCACAAAAUCAUCAGGGGUGGGUGCAUCGAUCGGAAGUGGGCCCGAGUCAAAUUCACUAUCAUUCCGUUCUAGUAUAGCAUACACGGGGUCCGCUAAGACAUUUACUUCAAGUGAAAUGGAGAAAGCAACCGAUAACUUCAAUGAAUUGGGAGUUCUUGGUGAAGGUGGAUUUGGGCGUGUGUAUAGUGGUGUUCUUGAAGAUGGAACAAAAGUUGCAGUUAAAGUACUUAAGAGAGAUGAUCAACAAGGGGGGCGUGAAUUUUUGGCUGAAGUGGAGAUGCUUAGCCGCUUGCAUCAUAGAAACUUAGUCCGGUUGAUCGGUAUUUGUACUGAGGAAAAAACCCGGUGUUUGGUUUAUGAGCUCAUCCCAAAUGGAAGCGUUGAAUCUCAUCUUCAUGGAAUUGACAAGGAAACCUCACCCUUAGAUUGGCGGGCCAGGUUAAAGAUAGCCCUAGGUGCAGCCCGUGGGCUAGCUUACUUGCACGAAGACUCAAGCCCAAGAGUCAUACACCGCGACUUCAAAUCUAGCAACAUUCUCUUAGAAGACGACUUCACUCCAAAAGUUUCCGAUUUCGGGUUGGCCCGAACUGCUUUAGAUGAAGACAACCGAUACAUCUCCACCCGUGUCAUGGGCACAUUCGGAUACGUGGCCCCCGAGUACGCGAUGACGGGCCAUCUUCUUGUAAAGAGUGAUGUUUAUAGCUACGGUGUGGUACUUCUCGAGCUACUAACCGGAAGGAAGCCCGUUGACAUGUCAAUGCCAUCGGGCCAAGAAAACCUAGUUGCGUGGGCCCGACCCUUACUCCCGAGCCCAGAAGGGUUAAACUUGUUGAUCGACCCGUCAUUGAGCCCGGAAGUCCCGUUUGAUAGUAUAGCCAAAGUGGCUGCAAUCGCUUCAAUGUGUGUGCAACCCGAGGUGUCUCAUCGGCCUUUUAUGGGUGAGGUGGUUCAAGCUUUGAAAUUGGUAUGUAAUGAGUGUGAAGAGACACAAGAUUUGGGGUCAAGAAGUUGUAGCCAAGAGGAUUUAGCAUCCAUGGAGUUUGACCAGCGGGCCGGGCCUGAAUCAGGCCCGACCCGGUCCAAUUAUACGGGCUAUGAGAGCCCGUUAGAUGUGGAGAGUGGGUUUUCAGGGCUCGGGCUUGAUGUAGAUUCGUAUAGGAUAAGCUCGAGUUCGGGCCCAUUGAGGCCCAGGAGACGAUUGCAAUUAUGGGAAAGAAUGAAGAGGUUUUCGAGUGGGAGUAUGAGCGAUUAUGGUGAAGUUUUGAGGUUAUUGUCACGGUCACGUUGACUUUUUUUUUUUGGGUUUGUUUGACUUUUUUUUCAGGGUUGUUUUGGCGGGCAAAUUGCUGUAUGUGAAAUGUAUAGAUAAAAUGUUACAUUGUACUGGGA